GCCCAAAAAUAACCUCUUUGCAAGCUACAGUUGCAAGAGCUGUAAUCAUACCCAAAAAAACCCCACCGUAAGUCGUCUGUAACUGGAAGUGUAAGCUGUGGUGGCAGUUAUCGAACAGCUUUGUUUUCCUGCUCCGCCAACAGAAUCCGAAAUCCCUAGAAAUUCGAAAGCAGACAAGCAAACCGCUUGCUUAUAAAAUCAAUUUCAAAAUUACCAAUUUUGGGGUAAAAGUUAUCAAGGAAAUGCUUUGAAGAUGGAGGAGGAGAGAGAAAUCCCAAUCUCCACCAAUGAAGAAACUCCUUCUCGGUAUGAAUUGUUAAGUAUGGUGAAAAGACACUCUAAACCAUUGGUGGAAACAAAUGAUGAUGAGCAGGAAGCUUCAGAUGUCCAAAUGGAUGCACAGUUUUGGCAUGAAAUGCUGGAUCUUUACUUCGUUCAUUCUAGGGUAUCACAAGGUCGCCAAGAAGAUGACCUCAUCUUUUUCGUUAGAAACAUGAGCUUGCAUGGAUAUGGUUUCAAUGAUAACAUGGAGGGUGAACCUCCAUUCUUUGUCCGUAGGUGGGAUUCUAAGCAGUUGGAGAAAAUUCUUGGUGGAAUUCCUGCAAAUGUGGACUGGAGACGUUCUUUUUACUUGAAUUUAAUUGCUCACACAUCCUUUACAGUCACAGUUGCAAUUUGCAGUAUUCAGGCUCUGCGCAGACAUCAAAAUGGAGAAGAUACGUCAUUGUCUCCCAUAUACAAGGUUGUGAAGACAGUUUAUGCAUCUCCUAGUCGCGUUAAUUUUCAAUUGGACCAUAAAAAGGCGGUGGAAACUUUACCUGCUUAUCCAAAUAUUUCUUUUUCAGUUGAUGAUUUUGAUGACACGUUUGAUGCAGUGGUUUUGACGGAAACAGAUCAUUGCUUUUGUGUCCUUCUGAAUGCACAUGGUGGAGCAGCUUUUCCAGCAGAAAAUGUUGAUUCUGAUUCUUAUAGGCAUCAAAGAAAUGACAGUGAUUCUGACAGAGGCAAAAUAUCAAAGCUUACUCUGUUCUCAGGAUUUGUUAGCUAUCAGAUGGUCCGAGAAGCAUUUGAUGCUGAGAAAUCUAGAUUUGGAAGCCUUCUAUCAAUUGCCCAUGUUUCAUCAAAAGCAGACAGGCUGUAUAUGAGGGGUCCAGGAGGGCGUGGGGAAGUUGAAGUGGCUGUCUCUGGAAUUGCAGAUCAAAGCCUCCAAGACUUCAGCCCACAUUCACCUAUUCAGAUAUCUAAAAGAGGUUUGGGAAUUGAUCUGGGUACCAUAGUCCAGAAAGCUUCCAUUUUGGCAAAGAAUGCUUAUGCUGCUGCCUCGUCCCCGAGGAAAUCUGACAGAGAAAUAUUACCUCUCAAAUGCUGCUUGAUGUCUAUUUCUUUGCCCUGGGAACUUAUUGCACAUGAUCUUUUGUUUAAGGGAACUCCUCCAGUGAAUUUGUGAUUGUUGAUCAAUUUGUAGCAAAACCCUCCAACAAAUCUGGGUCUACUCUCGCCUUCAUGACAUAGCAAUUUGAGGUAUGGACUCUGUUGCUACAUAAGUAAUAUUGACUCAGUUAUGUGCCAUUUGUUCACCAACCAACUGAAGAUAAUAAGCACUUUCAAUAGUCUCCUUCCUGUACAUGAAGCGCAUAGAUAAAAGCAAGUCAUUUGGAGUUUCUGUCCCAGGCAUGUAACUCACAUGCAGUGUAAAGCGAUGAAAAUCUAGCAAUAACCUUUAAUUAUGAAAAGAAGAAAAGAAGAAAGUGUUAUAUUCUCAUCUCUUUUGCUUGCUUUUUUUAUCCUUUUGACAAUCAGAAGGGUAUAUUUGGUUCAUGAUCAGGAUCAGCAGCAAUUUUCAUGACCUACCCAAAUGGUUUAUAAUAUAUUUUAGUUUCUGCAGACACUUGCUUUUACAAUCAAUAAAGACUUGUAAUUUGUUUA